AUUGACUGCCCCUCCUCAAUGAUCUUUAAAAGCUGCAGGGAACACACGGUAACACGCACACUCGCUCAUUCACCUGCUUCCAGUAAAGAUGUUCUGCAGACGGGCAUGGCAGAGAGUCGGGCCGCUGGCACGCAAGGUCUUCGGACCCACAUCCAGAAAUCCUCCAGUGCGACACAUGGCCUUUGGGAUUCCUGGAGGCUCCACCAACAUGACGUACUAUCUUCUGGGUGGAGGAGGUCUCACUGCUGCUAUCGUCUAUGCUUAUAAGUCAGUGAGUGGUGAAGGUGUGCGCCCUGAGGACAAACUGGCAGACAUGGGCUCCCCAGCAAAGGCUGAGGUAGCAGCUCCUGCACCCGAAGCCGCCCCAGUUGAGGAGGCAGCCGCCGAGUCUGUUCCCGCUCCUGCAGAGGCCGCUGCUGAGGUGGUCAUUACUGAGGCUCCAGCAGAGCCAGCGGCCACUGAAGAAGCUGCCCCACCUGCAGAGGCUGUCCCUGAAGCUGCAUCGGAAGUUGCUGCCGAAGCUGAGGUGGUCGCAGUCGAGGUGGUCGCAGCCGAGGCCCCCGCAGUCGAGGUGGUCGCAGCCGAGGCCCCCGCAGUCGAGGUGGUCGCAGCCGAGGCCCCCGCAGUCGAGGUGGUCGCAGCCGAGGCCCCCGCCGUCGAGGUGGUCGCAGCAGAAGCCGUCGAGGUGGUCGCAGCAGAAGCCGUCGAGGUGGUCGCAACAGAAGCCGUAGAGGUGGCUGAGGCCCCCGCAACAGAAGCCCCAGUAACGGAAGCCCCUGCAGAAGAGAGCACUGAGUCUCUGCCAGAUCUGCUCACAGCUGUGAAGAUCUUGGCCGGCUCCACAGUUGAGAUCGCAGCAGCUUCUGUUGCCGAGACGAGUCUGGUGAAAUCUGUACUAAUAGAAGAUGGAAAAGGUCCGGACUCCUGCCUGGUGGUGGUGGAACCAGAAGUCAUGGAAGCUACCACAGAGGCGGUAUCUAAGGUAGCAGCUGAGGAGGCAGCUGAUGUAAUGCUCGAGGAGGAGCAGAAGUCUCCAGAGGCUGGUGAACAUGAGGCAGUGGCUGAUGCGGAAGUAGCAGAAGCUCCAUCUGCUGAAGAGGGGAUGACUGAGGAGACUCCUGCUGCAGCAGAGGAGGAAGAAGGAGCAACUGUGUCUGCUCCAGAUGAAGGUGAUGCUUCGGUAGAGGAGGUUGGAGAAGUCUGCGCUGAGGAUCAGGCGCCAGGCCCUGAAGCUGCUCCAGAGGAAGCAGUCUCUUCUACAGAGGCCUCACCUGGAGAUACACCUGAGGACAUUUCACCUGCUGAAGCCUCUGUCGAAGAAGCUGCAUCAGAGGCCUCAUCUGGAGAUACAGCAGAGGAUAUUUCAUCUGAUGUAGCCUGUGUGGAAGAAGCUGCAUCAGAGGCCUCACCCGGAGAGGCAGCUGAAGAUAUUUCACCUGCUGAAGCCUGUGUGGAGGAAGCUGCAUCAGAGGCCUCACCCGGAGAGGCAGCUGAAGAUAUUUCACCUGCUGAAGCCUGUGUGGAAGAAGUUGCAUCAGAGGCCAUUUCCCCCACUGAGGCCUAUGUGGAAGAAGAUCCAUCAGAGGCCUCACCUGAGGUUACAGCUGAUGACAUUUCACCCACUGAAGAAUCUGUAGAGGAAGCUGCAUCAGAGGCCUCACCUGAAGAUGCAGCUGCUGAGGCCACCACCACUAUAGAAGCUGCUCCACUGAAUGAGACGCCACCAGGCGAGAUGACACCUGCUGCUGAAACAACAGAUGAAGCCUCAGCAGAGGACACAGAUGAAAUGGUGUCCACACACAGUGAAGCUGCAGCAGUCGUGGACACAGCUCAGCUGGCCGCAGCCUCCACAGCAGGGGAUCUGGAAGUUCUUUCUGCUGCUGAACCAGAAUCUGCAUCAGAGGGUCCAGCACAUGAGGAGAAGCCCUGCCACUCCUGCCACUCCACUCCCUCAGCUGCAGAGGAGGUGGUGCCAGCCGCUGCUUUAGAAGAGGAGCUGAUCAGUGAGGUGGAGGUGGUGUCAGUCUUGGGGGGACAAAAGCCAGAGGUGUCUGUCUGGACUGUAAAAAGCUGCUCACUGAUGUAAUAGAACAGUUAAUAAGGCAGCACAGAGGCGAUGGUAGUGGUGACAGCCCAGUCGUGACCAGACAGACGGUGUGCCUUCCACAACUCUCGCCUGUCUGUCAGUCAGGCCCAGAUGAUGAUCCACAAGAAAACAACAUAAAGAGAACGAUAGCCACAGGUUUAACUAACGAACGUCUCCUUUCUGAAAAGUUACCACACAGUUUCCUCUGUUAUUUCUGUUACUGUCCAAUCUGUGUUAGCGUUUGUGAAAUGAUUCCCAUAACGUCUCUUGUCCUCUAGGUGCCACUGUUGCAAGGCUUUUCUUGAAAGGGACAAAAGUCAAUAGGCAGUGGAAGUGAUUUGUCAUUGUUAAAAUGGUGUUAGUCUCACAAUAUUUACAAGUUCUAUGUAAGCGUAAAACCUUCCAGCUGUAAUUAUACCAAACGAGAUGUGUAUUUUCCUCACUUUUGUCAUUGUACAGAUAAAGUUGCAGCCAUCAUUAUUUCAAGAGAUCGGUGUGGAGAAAAAGGUUCACUUUAAUGGGGAGAAAGCCGACAAAGUGUCGGUAGCCAUCUGCCUCGACCGGUUGAUGUGAGUGUCGGAAAAAUGGAGAGUAUAGGUGAAAAGAGGGGAGAGAUGACAGAGAGGGGGGAAGAAUAGAAACCAGGCACAAUUGUCUGUCAAACUGGUAUACUGGUUUAAGAUUAUUUAUGACCAUUAUACUUUUACUGAGACACUAAUUUUAAAGUAAUUGAUUGAUUUUCUAGGAGAAAUCAUGACAGAAAUAGAAGUGAAAACUGUUGCACUAUUGUUAAUAUUUCAUUUUCAAGGCAAAAAUACGUAUAGAUUUCCCAUUAUUUGUUGAAUAUCAAUUUUUUUGUGUUGUCUAUAUUUAUUUUCUGUGACAAAAGAUUGAUAGACAGACUAUGGGUUCAAAUCCAUACAAGUUGACUCGUACCUUUUCAUGAGAUCAUUUAAAUGAACAGUUACAUGCCUCCAGUUCUCUGAGAGUACCAGAUGGUUUGUUUUAUAAUUGUAGCUGAACUACAUAUAAUCAAAAAAUAACUAAACAUGAUGGAAUAUGUCAAGUUUUUUUUCUUAGUUUUAUUUCAUCCCGAUGUCUCUGUUGUCAUGAUUGUGUCUACAUAGGCACCUUAAAUAAAAAUGAUGUUUUAACCCUGA